ACACGAACAGCGCCAACGCCACUCACGCCGUCGUACUUACUCGCCACCGCCGCCGCCGCCGCCGCCGUCGCCGCCGUGCGUUUUUUUUCCGCGUAUUUUUGUCGCCUGAAUUCCGCCGCGCAACCGCGGCUCACACCCGGCUGCCGCCCGCACACCCCGCCACGAGAGUGCGUGACGGACAGCACAGCUCGCGCACACACGUCGUACGCGCGAGAAAAAGUCGUCGUUCCGCGGAAAAGCCGUAAGGCGCCACCGGAUCGGCAUUUUCACGUCAUCUGUUCGAAAAGUCUUCCUUCUAAACCCUCCUCCGAAACAGAAGUGAGCCCGCGGCCUGUCAUCUGCAGUCGUCUGCGGUAUCAUCCCCCUCGCUCGGUAUAUACUCGGUAUAUACCGCGCGCACAGUUACCGCCACACGCGUAUAUACAUUUAUAUAACAAUUGUAACGCGCGCGUUAAAUCAUUAUCAAUAAUAUAAUAAGUACUAUUGUACAUCUGCACGACGACAAGAGCAAUCCGCCGCCGCCGCCCACCGCCAACGCCACCGCCACUAUCGCGGCGAGCCCGCGAACCGCUGCCGCAUCUGUCGUCAAGUCCGUUUUCCCGUCGCUUCGCAAAGGCAGGUGAAUCCAAACGAUAUCGUCGCCACAUAAUCCGCACUCCGAUUUAACCAUGGCGGCUGCAUUGAACGCAAUUCAAGGAUUUUUCGACAACUAUGGAGACCCUCGUACCAAGGAUUGGUUUUUGAUGAGCAAUCCUCUACCCACGGCACUGAUAUGCGCUACAUACGUAUUCACCGUCAAAGUUGCGGGACCGCGAUUAAUGGCCAACCGCAAGCCCAUGGAGUUAAGGAACGUACUCAUCGCUUAUAAUCUUUUCCAAGUCAUAUUCAGUUCUUGGUUGUUCUAUGAGCUUGGCAUAUCAGGUUGGCUGACUGGCAGGUAUAAUUUCCGGUGUGAGCCGGUAGAUUACUCGAAUCAUCCAAUGACCCUGCGGAUGGUCAACAUAUGUUGGUGGUAUUAUUUCUCAAAAUUCACAGAAUUUAUGGACACGAUAUUCUUUGUUCUCCGAAAAAAGGAUAGGCACAUUUCGACCCUGCACGUGAUUCACCACGGAGUGAUGCCAAUGAGCGUGUGGUUUGGUGUUAAGUUCACACCAGGCGGUCACAGUACAUUCUUCGGACUGUUGAACACGUUCGUGCAUAUUAUCAUGUACGCAUACUACUUGUUGGCUGCCCUGGGUCCCAACGUACAGAAAUACUUGUGGUGGAAGAAGUACUUGACCACUCUGCAAAUGUUGCAAUUCUUGGCGAUCAUGCUCCAUGCGUUCCAACUUCUGUUCAUCGACUGCAACUACCCGAAGGCAUUUGUCUGGUGGAUCGGCAUGCACGCCGUCAUGUUCUUCUUCUUGUUCAAAGAAUUCUAUAAGCAACAGUACACAAAACCAUCAAAACAAGCGGCCGGCGCACAGUCCAAACCCUCGGUCAACGGCUCGUCCAAGUCAUCCAAUGGCUACAGCAAACAAUCGGACUACUACAUAAACAGCAAUGGUCUGUCUAGGCCUGACUUGGUACACAGGGCUACGGCUGGAGCGCACUGACCGUCGCCACUGAUGACGGCAAGGCUCAACAGCCGCCGACAUCGCCGUUGCCACAGCUAAACGGUCGCUGUUGUCGUCUUCGCCGACAAUAACAAUAUUGCUCAACACGCCCAAAUUAAUAAUAUUAUUUGACCUACGGACAUGUCUAUGUUCCGAGCAGACAUUUUUUUUUUUUUAGUGGACAAAUUUCUCUAUCCCUCUUAUCCCCUCCCCUAUCUCUCUCUCUCUAUUUCUAUCUCUCUACAUCUCUUUUUCUCCCUUUUUUUUUUUAUUAGGUAUAAUUAUUUUUAUCAUAUCGUAUAUAUAUAUUAUGUAUAUGCAUAUUGUAUAUGUAUAUUAUAAUUUAGUAUAAUAAUGUGACCUAUUUUUUUGUUUCGUUUGUCUUACUCUGUCACCGCUGAGUCGAAUCGGCGGGUCGUUGUUGCAAUCGCCGCGGAGUAUACGUAAGAAAGAAAACCUAUUCUGCCUAAAAAAAAAAAAAGAAAUCGGGUGAGAUUAAUGUUUUUUUUCUUCAUUAAAAUUAUUUCGAGCAACUAGGGCUAUAUACGUUACGAUAAAAAAUAUAUCACAUAAUAUGUAUAUACGAUAUAUAUAUAUAUAUUUUAAUUUAUAAGUCUGUCUAUUAUCGUACGUUAUAGUAAUAAUUAUUGUAUACUAUCGUGUUAGGUGUUGGAAAUUUACAGUCCGCAUAUUAUCGUGUGUAAAAAUGUUUUUACGCAUUUUUUUGCGUUUUGUACAAGUAUUUUUUUCGUUUUAAAUUUAUGUAAGACACGUGAACAGAUAAAAAAAAAAAAAAAAAUAUUUUUUUUUUUUUUCAAACGAAACAAUUUUGAUAUAAAAUUCAGCUGUGUUUUUCAAAAUGUUUUGAUGUGAUACCUAUGUAACGUUUGUUUUAUAUAUUUUGUGUAAUGAUUUAAACCACAUGUGAUUAUUAUUAUUAUUAUUAUUAUAAUUAUUUUUAUUAUUAUUAUUAUUAUUAUUUUGUACGAAACACGGCCUCACGUGCCUUAGUAUUACGGGACCAGUGUAAUUACUAAUAAUAAUUAAGAGAUUAUAUACGCUCUCGUGUAUAAAAAUAUUAUCAUGUUUACGUUACAAAAAAUUGUAUACUGUUUAGUGUUGUAUAUUAUAUUAUUAUAAUAAUGAAAAUAAAGGUUCCCGGUAUUUUUAUGUGCCAGUAAAUACAAACGAA